ACUCCUCGGGAGGGUAGCCUUAAGCGCAUGCGCAGAGAGUUUCCCGGGGCUACUUUUGCUCCGUACCGCUCUUUUACGCGAUGUCUCCGGCGCUUUCCAAGCCCGAAUCGGGGCCACUGCCCCAGAAGCUCAUCGCGCGCUACUUGCUCCUGCUGCGCCUCUACCCGGUGCUCACGAAAGCCGUGUCCAGUGCCAUCCUGUCAGCCGUUGCGAGUCUCCUCUCUCAGAUCAUUGAGAAGAGCCGGAAGAAGAGGGCCCUUGAUUUGGGGGGUCCUUUGAGGUUCGGCAUCUAUGGGUUGUUCAUCACGGGGCCGCUGAGCCACUACUUUUACCUGUACUUGGAGCAACUCAUCCCUUCCGAUGUGCCUUUCUCCAUCGUCAAAAGGCUCCUGCUGGACCGGCUUGUGGUUGCCCCGGCCUUCCUGGCCCUUUUCUUUUUUGUCAUGAACCUGCUGGAGGGGAAGGACACAGCAACUUUUGUCAAGAGGAUGAAAACCAGUUACUGGGCAGCUCUCAAAAUGAACUGGAAACUGUGGACGCCGGUCCAGUUUAUCAAUUUGAAUUAUGUGCCUAUGCAGUUCCAGGUGCUGUUUGGAAACCUGGUGGCCCUCCUUUGGUUUGCGUACCUGGCCUCCGUCAAGAAGUGAGCCUGCAGAAGCCGUGGGUUUGGCCUUGGGAGCGCCAGCCAGUGAGGAAGCUUCCCUUUGCAUUUGGUGAAGUUCCCUUGCUGAUGUGGAGCAGACAGAGGAAGAGGAGAAGGGGCUGGGCUGGGAGAAUCAAUUCGCUGCUGCCGUUGCAGAGUUGCCCAAGACCAUUUCUGCUCCAUGCCACCCCCACCCCCGGGUGAUCCAAGUGCCCUAUACUCUUCCACAGCUUGGGGAAUGGGGGGCUUGUGCCAACUUCCAACUAGGGCCUUCUGGGUCCUGUCACUUUAACAAUCACAUCCGACACAUGACGUUCAUUAAUUAUAUCUUUUUUUCCCCUUCA